AUCAACGAAGAGUAACCAUUUUUUUAAUUCAGCUCUCUUCCUCUUUCAUUGUUCUGGUCUUCUCUGCAAUUUCCAGCCAUUAUUAGGGUUUUCGGAGUGGAUUUGGAUCAGGGAGACCGAUCUCAGGUCUUGCAAUGGCUGUGCAGGAUCAUGGAGCUUUCAUAGAGAAAUUCAUCCUGCAACAGAGCUCCCCGUCCGAUCCACUUCCCUUGACUGGCCUCACUUUCGCUGUUAAAGACAUAUUUGAUAUGGAGGGAUAUGUAACUGGUUUUGGAAAUCCUGAAUGGCUAAGGACUCACCCACCUGCCAAUCAAACAGCGCCAGCCGUGUUGGCUAUCCUAAGAGGAGGAGCCACUUGCAUCGGCAAGACUAUCAUGGAUGAAAUGGCCUUCAGUAUAAGUGGGGAAAACUUUCAUUAUGGCACACCCCGAAACCCAUAUGCAUCAGAUCGUAUACCUGGAGGAUCUUCCAGCGGCUCUGCUGUUGCUGUUGGUGCAAAGCUUGUGGAUUUCUCCUUAGGAACCGAUACUGGAGGUAGCGUAAGAGUGCCUGCUUCUUAUUGUGGAAUUCUUGGAUUCCGGCCUUCACAUGGUGUGGUCUCUACAUCUGGAGUAAUACCCAUGACGCAGAGCUUCGAUACAGUAGGUUGGUUUGCCAUCGAUUCUGACGUAUUCAAAAGAGUAGGUCGGCUGCUGCUGCAAGUGCCAGAGGUUGAACAUUACAAGCCUACACAGGUGCUGAUUGCAGAAGAUUGUUUCAAGCUCUCAAGCAUUCCUAGUGAGCGAUUGACACAAGCUUUUGUUAAUUCAGUGAAGAAGUUAUUUGGUGGCAAUCUUAUAAAACAGAUUAGCAUCGGGAGUUAUGUUGAGGACAAAGUUCCAAGUUUGAAGCAUUUCAUGAUUGAAGAAAACGAUGGCUAUAAGCAUAUCAUUCCAUCCUUGGCUGCUCUUGUAAGGUCUAAGGUAUUGCUUCAGAGGCAUGAGUUCAAAAGCAAUCACGGAGAAUGGGUUAGGUCCUAUAGUUCUCAUUUGGGCCCAGGAAAAUCAGAACGAAUAUCAGAAUACAUCAGGGUGGCAACGGAUGAAAAUACUGAUCUAAGUCGCUCCGUUCAAAUUGAACUGCGUGUAGCUCUUGCAGCUCUUCUUGAAGAUUUUGGAGUUCUUGUAAUUCCUACAGUCCCAGGCCCCCCUCCGAAACUAAGAACAGACAUCUCGGAGCUACACGACUUUCGUGCAAAGGCUUUCAGUUUGCUCUCCAUUGCUUCGGUCUCCGGAAUCUGCCAGGCUACCAUACCUCUAGGACUGUACAACGGCCUUCCUGUGUCUAUAUCUUUGCUAGCAAAACAUGGUUCAGAUGGGUUUUUGCUCAAUGUUGUUGACACUCUUUACAGCACUCUAAAACAAGAAGUUGAGGCAAGCUACUAAGAAGUUGAGGUAUUAUCCACUGAAUAAUUUGAGAGAUUUGAUUUUUCAUCCUUUCAUGUAUUCUUUGUAUGAUCAUGUAUUGUUUGUAUGAUUAUGAAUCAAGUUUUCUUUUUCUAGCAAGUUGAUUGUGGAAUGAAAUA